ACACGUUUCCCGUCAUCCACUUGGCUACCCGGCUCGUAGUCAAGCGUCGUACGCCGUACGGUGCGUAUCGUGUUUGGUUAUGUAUGUUACGUUUAGUACCGCGAACGAGCCGGCCCGUAACCGUUUCCUCGAUUAUUUGCGCGUUCGAUAAACGUGUGUAUAUAUUUGUUGUGUGCGCGCGCGAGAAAAAGAAAGAGAGAGAGAGGGAGAGAGAUAGAGAGAGAGAGAGAGAAGGAGAAUCCUUCGAAGGUAGUGCUCUCCAUCGACAAGUGUUUCCCCUCGUUGUCCUGUGAGAGAGAAAGAAGGGGAUUGAGAAAGAGAGAGAGAGAUAGAGAGAGAGAGGGAGAGAGUGUGCGAGAUAGUAUCUCGUGCCAAGGUGUAUAUAACGAAAUUCACGAAAGCAUUAAAUCGAACGAUUUUACUGAAAAACACUUGGAUAUAUAAUAGAAUCGAAGAAAUACGAAGACGAGAUUUGUUUGGUUAUCCGACAGUUAGGUGACUACUCUCGAAAACUUGGGAUUACGAGGAUAGUGCGAGAGAAAAGGGGAAAACGAGGAAGAGGGAAGAAGAGAAAGGAGAGGAAGAGGGUGAGGGUGAGGGUGAGGGAGGGAGCAACGACGUUGUGAUUUAUUUCUUGCCAUCGAGGAGAAAAGAAGGCAGUGCAACGUAAGUUAAAAGUUUUCGUGAAGGACCAAAAGGAAGAAGAAAAGGAAAAAAGGAAGGAAGAAAGAAAGAAAGAAAGAAAGAAAGGGAGAAGGAAGGAAAAUAAAAGCGUGAAUAGAGAAAGAGAAAUAUCAAAGACACGGAGUGUUUUAUAAGAGUGAGAUAUUUUAUUACAGCGUAUCGCGAGUUAAAAAGAGAAGGAGGAAGAGGUGGUGGAGAAAGAGGAGGUGGAGAAAGAGGAGGUGGAAGAGGAGGAGUAAAAAAAGAGAAGAAGAAGAAGAAGCUUAUAUAUCCGAAAAAGAGAGAGAGGUAUAAUGUAUUGUGUUGCGUUUUAACGAUCUAUCGAGACUAAAAGAGAAAAUCUAGUUGAUAUUAGAAAGGAGAAGGAGAAGCUGGUGGAGGAAGAAGGAAGUGGAAAAGAAGAAGAAAAAGAAGAAGAAAAAAGUUGAAGGAAUAGAAUCAGGAAGAGUAUAAAGGAACGAAAUAGCUAAUGGAAUUCAUUGAUGAUUUUCAAGAUGAUGUUAGGAGGAUUCGAACUGGAUAAUGGAGCACAUGAAGUGACCAUAGAAGAGGGACACUUCGUAAACGUGUGACUUGUGAAAAAUUAGCCGAGAACAAUUAAGAUGUACCCCGCGCCGGCGAGACACCCAGCCGCUCCCGGCGGCGGAGGAAGCGGCGGGGCUGCGGGAGGGCUGAAAUUCACGGUGGCCGACACUUGUGAAAGGAUCAAAGAGGAAUUCAAUUUCAUCCAGCAACAGUACCAUUCGUUAAAACUCGAAUGCGAAAAGCUGGCCAGCGAGAAGACCGAAAUGCAGAGGCAUUAUGUCAUGGUAAGACACUUUUACUACGAGAUGUCGUAUGGCCUCAACGUGGAGAUGCAUAAACAGACGGAGAUUGCUAAGAGGCUGAACGCGAUAAUCGUACAAUUAUUACCCUUUUUGGCGCAAGAGCAUGGCUUACAGCAUCAGCAGCAGGUGGCGAACGCUGUGGAGAGAGCGAAACAAGUUACCAUGUCCGAGCUGAACGCGAUCAUUGGGCAACAACAACAACAAGGACUCCAGCAGUUGUUGCAACAAAUUCAUGCGCAACAACUGCCUCAUGGUGCGGUAGUUGGUGGACUUCCACCUGGUGGGUUGUUGGGUUUCGCGGGUGCGGCAGCCGCAGCGGCUGCCGCAGGAGUGCCUCCUCAUCUGGCCCCACCGGCCCAUCCAGCGGCUGCGGCCGCAGCGGUUCAGGCACAGGCUCAGGCCCUUCUUAAGCCUGCGGAUUUGCAGCAACAUCGUGCCGCUGCGGAAACGCCCGAAGAUCGUAAACCGAUUGCACUAACCGAUGAGAGACUUCGACAAUCGGUUUCGCCUCCUGAAAAGUUUCGUACUCGCACGCCUGACCUUGAAAGUGAUCCCAAAAGGCGGAAGGAAGAAAAGCUCGGUCACGAUAGCGACGGCGAGAAAAGCGAUCAGGACUUAGUCGUUGACGUGGCGAACGAGGAAGGAUCGUCGCCGCAUGCAAAUGGCGAGCAUUCGGAUCCCCGAGAAAAUGGUACCCUAGAGAAACAUGGUGCACCGGGUCACAUCGGUGGACCAGCUUCAGGAGUAGGUUCGACCUCGGUCAAGGACAGGCCACCUUCGCGAAGCGGAAGUUCUUCCGCUCGUAGUACGCCGUCUCUGAAAAGUAAAGAUAACAUCGCGGAACUAACAAUUCAGGUCGACAAACCGGGUACACCUGUGGCGGCGGCGAGGGGCUCGCGCAGUUGUACGCCAACUAUGGGCGGCAUCCCUGGGCCCUUGGCAUCGCGGGUCUAUCAUCCGCCAUCGUCGCAGCAAACGCCACCACAGGGUUAUCAGGGCUUGCCAUCCCGCGGCAAUGAGCCGUCGCAGUCGCCCUCGCCCUACAACAACUUGCCCUACGCCAGACCAUCCAUGGUGACUUUCGAUCCCAUCAAUCUCCUCGGUUUCGACGGUCACGUGAGGAUACCCUCGAGUAACGGAUUGAGCAGCAUUCCGGGUGGCAAACCAGCGUACUCCUUCCAUAUGAACGGCGAGGGCCAACUGCAACCAGUAUCUUUCCCCACGGAUGCUCUCACAGGACCCGGUAUACCUCGUCACGCGCGUCAGAUCAACACUUUGACUCACGGUGAGGUCGUAUGCGCGGUCACGAUCUCGAAUCCAACAAAAUACGUUUACACCGGUGGCAAAGGUUGCGUCAAAGUCUGGGACAUUGGUCAAGGCAGCAGUAUUAGCGCUAAACCUGUCUCGCAAUUGGACUGUUUGCAGCGCGACAAUUACAUCAGGUCGGUAAAGUUACUUCCAGACGGUAGAACGUUGAUAGUAGGCGGUGAGGCGAGUCAACUGAGUAUCUGGGACCUGGCCAGCCCAACGCCGAGGAUCAAGGCCGAGUUGACCUCCUCAGCGCCAGCCUGUUACGCCUUGGCCAUCUCGCCGGAUUCGAAGGUCUGUUUCAGUUGCUGCAGCGACGGUAAUAUCGCCGUCUGGGAUCUCCAGAAUCAAACGUUGGUCAGACAGUUCCAAGGGCAUACGGACGGAGCUUCUUGCAUCGACAUAUCGGCCGACGGCUCGAAACUCUGGACCGGUGGCCUCGACAAUACCGUAAGAUCGUGGGAUCUACGAGAAGGAAGGCAACUUCAGCAACACGAUUUCACAUCUCAGAUAUUCUCAUUGGGAUACUGUCCUACCGGCGAAUGGCUAGCUGUUGGCAUGGAGAACUCUAACGUCGAAGUUCUACAUGCCACAAAGUUGGACAAAUAUCAGUUACAUCUGCACGAGUCCUGCGUUCUAUCCCUUCGUUUUGCUUCAUGCGGCAAGUGGUUCGUUUCCACUGGCAAGGACAAUCUGCUCAACGCCUGGCGCACGCCUUACGGCGCCUCGAUAUUUCAAUCGAAGGAAUCCUCGUCGGUUCUGAGCUGCGACAUUUCUGCCGACGACAAGUACAUUGUGACUGGAUCCGGCGACAAGAAGGCCACUGUCUACGAAGUGAUUUACUACUAGACGUAUGUCUCCCGGCAAGAACCUACAUUUUCUCUCUUCGUUACGGCUCGAACUACACCGGUAUCCUCUGUUCCCUUUCGUUUCUUUUCUUUUAUUUUCCUUUCCUUUCCUUUCCUUUCUUCCCUUCUCUUCUCUUCUCCUCCUCCAUCUCUAACACUAUCUCACCACCGCUAACUUCUAUUCCUCUUUCACUUCCUCCUCCUCCUCCUUCUCCUCCUUCUCCUUCUCCUUCUCCACUUCCUCCUACGCUUCCUCAACGUCCUUCCACCUCUUCUUCUUCUUCUUUUUCUUCUUCUUCUUCUUCUUCUUCUUCCUUUUCUUCUAUCAGUUUCCUUCUAUCAUCGAAAGAAGAAACACGUCGCAAGUGAGAAAGUUUUAGAAGCCUUAGGAAAACUAGACUGUUACUACUGUGUAUAUAUAUAUAAGAAUCUAUAUUGCGAUAGAGAAACAAUGUUUAAAGAGGAGAUAUACUCAAUGUAUAAUGUGAUACGAAGUCUCUCUCGAAGUAUGUGUGUCUGCGAACGUAUAAAACGCGUGCGUGCAUGACCCAACCGUGUGAGAGUAUACUUUAUGCAGAUGUGAUUAUACCUAGAAAACGAACUCCUGUCGCGCGUGUACAACGACGAUAAAACGUGUUAAAUAGAACGUUUCUGAGCGGUUCACGUGUCCGUGAAGUAAAAGACACAAAACAUUCUUGCGAGUGACGAACGAUACGUUGAAAAUAUAUGAUUUUAUAUAGAGAUACGUAAAAUAAUAGAGAAAGAGUGAGAAAGAGAGAGAGAGAGAGAGAUCGAUACAUAUAUAUAUAUACAUAUAUAUAUAUAUAUAUAUAUAUAUAUGUAUAUAUAUAUAUAUAUACACACACGCGCCCAAAUCGGACGGCCAAUUUAAAGGUGACGAAUCUAUAAUCUACCUACGAAAAUUGCAUUACGCUUUCAGCCGUUAAUACGACGAUAUAAUUGUAAAAAUCGUUUCCAAUGACUUUUACAACUUUUACAGUCACUAAUAACGUUAAGAAUGAUGAUUUGCGAAAUCAGUGUAUGAUGGCAAUCGGUGAUUAAACGCGUUUCACUUUA